AUGUCAACGGCGACAUCAACCGCUACCAGUGCGGCGACGACCACUGCUGGGAGCGGAGAGGGGUCGGGUUCGAAUAAUGCCACCAGCUCACCGUUGCUGUUCUUCGUCGCCCUAGGCUUUGGUGUGGUAUUCACCAAUCUCUGGAUCAUCGUGGGCGUGAAAUAUUGCUUUCGCUAUAACCAACGCAAUCGCCUCGCUUCAAACGAGGAGGCUGGGGACCCCAUCGAUCUAGCGACCAUGCCACGAACGCACCGGAGGAGAAGGGAGAAAAAGCUGAUGACGAUGGAGGAAGUCAACGGGCGGUUCCCACUGGCCAAAUACAAAGUCUGGAGGUCUUCUCGCGCCAAUCAAGGUCUUUCCACCGAGGGAGGCAUCACGGCCCCAAACAGUCAGCCACCAAGUCUGAAGGAUGAACAUGACGCAGUGACAACCGUCAUCGAUGUUUCAAGUGCUGUAGAACCACACCCCAAGAGUCACCGGCAGAUGGAUUCCUGUGUCUCUACGGGAUCCCUGGAAGACUCACAUUUGAAACUUCCGGGCCAAGAUGACUCUCCGGUGCCAGAAACGACAGCAACCUACAAUAACCCCAGCGCGGUGAUUCCGGAAAAGUGGCAGCAUACCGAAAGCAUGAAUCUCGACCCAGAAGCCGAUGAGGAACACAUUCAAAACGCGGUACCCGCAGAUCUCCUGCCCAACCCUGGUGAUUCUUGCGCCAUCUGUCUCGACGUCAUUGAAGAUGACGAUGAUGUCCGAGGGCUUACAUGCGGGCAUGCUUUCCAUGCUUCAUGUGUCGACCCCUGGCUGACGAGCCGGCGGGCAUGCUGCCCUCUGUGCAAGGCCGAUUAUUACGUGCCAAAACCUCGAACAGAGCACGAAGCUCAGUCGGCUGAUCGUCGAGGCCGCAGGGUUGCAGCAAGCCCCGUGGAUGCACUCCUCAGGCCUGCCCGUGUCGCCCAUCAUGGCAGUCGAAACAAUGGAUUCCGCGUCCAGAUGGUCUUGCCUGGUCGGAUGUUCCGAACACAACAUCCUGGUGAUCUCGGCGAAAGAGAAAUCCCCAUCAAUCAAGACCAGCAUCUGCGCAGGCGCGAUGAGGCUUGGAAUACAAGUCAUGCCCCGGGCCAAGACCAACCUGGCUGGUCUCGUUUCAUACCAAGUCGACUUCGUCGGCCUUUUGCCUUGUCCACUCUCCGCCACUCUCGUACCAGCCCUGGGGCUGGGGCUUCGUCCACAGAUCCUUUUUCUCCGGAGCAGCGUACCCCGCGUCAAGUGGAAGCAGGGACCUCAUGA